UUGGCAGGUCAGAGUCAGAGACCACAAUGGGCGGGCGAACCCCAGAGCACCCAACUCCCCUUGCCGGGGAAACUGGAAGUGGAGAUGGGGAGAAGAAGAAGGAGGUGAAAAGGAUGGGCAGCAAGGAAGAUGUGGGAAAGGGAUGUCCGGCGGCCGGUGGCGUCUCCAGCUUCACCAUCCAGUCCAUCCUGGGCGGGGGCCCUUCCGAGGCACCGCGGGAACCCGCCGGGUGGCCAGCCAGGAAACGCAGCCUGUCUGUGUCCUCGGAGGAGGAGGAGCUGGACGAAGGCUGGAAAGCGCCCGCUUGUUUCUGCCCAGAUCCGCACGGCCCCAAGGAGCCAAGCCCUAAGCACCAUCCCCCCAUCCCUUUCCCUUGCCUGGGUACCCCCAAAGGCAGCGGAAGCACAGGGCCUGCGGGCUCGGAGCGCACGCCUUUCCUUUCUCCUUCUCACUCGGACUUUAAAGACGAGAAAGAGAGGCUCUUGCCGGCGGGCUCGCCCUCUCCGGGCCCGGAACGGCCUCGGGAUGGUGGUGCGGAACGACAGGCCGGGGCGGCCAAGAAAAAGACGCGCACCGUCUUCUCCCGCAGUCAGGUGUAUCAGCUCGAGUCCACCUUCGACAUGAAACGCUACCUGAGCAGCUCGGAGCGCGCCUGCCUUGCCUCCAGCCUGCAGCUCACCGAGACCCAGGUUAAGACUUGGUUCCAGAACCGCCGCAACAAGUGGAAGCGGCAACUCUCGGCCGAACUGGAGGCGGCCAACAUGGCACACGCAUCGGCGCAGACUCUCGUGGGCAUGCCGCUAGUGUUUCGGGACAGUUCACUGCUGCGAGUGCCGGUGCCGCGCUCGCUCGCCUUCCCGGCGCCGCUCUACUACCCCAGCAGCAACCUCUCGGCCUUACCACUCUACAACCUGUACAACAAGCUUGACUACUGAGCCGCUCGCUGGCUGCAGCGUCCCUGGCUGCCUGCAGCCGCCUGCACACCCGGGCGCGGGCGGCGUCCUUCCCAGGGCUCCGGAGCAGAGCGUCGCGUGUUCAGAAGUAUUAAGAAAUACACCAUGUGUAUUCGUUAUGUCUUAUUUAUGGCCUCUUCCCUACUUUGUUUGUUUGUUUCGGGUAUUUAUCUGCAUUCCACACGCCAGAACACCUGCUUUCUACACAAAACCAAACCAAAACGCGUUUGAAAACUCUUUUGAAAGGGGAGAGUCUCGGGUGGUGGCGGGAAAGGGAGUUUUGGCAGGGAGUUUUGGCUAGGUAGGUUUUGGUUGGUAGCAAGAAAAAAAAAAAUAAGAACACCAACAAAACCGGAUAAUCUUUUCCUCAUUUAUACACCUGUAUAUACAUGUGUGUGUGUGUGUGUGUGUGUAUGUGUGUGUGUGUAUAAGGACACAGGCUCAGUCAAGCCGAGCCCACUGGGGCCUUCGUCAUUGAACUAAUCACCUCUCUUCAUUCCCUUCAUCUUGAGGGGUGAAGCUGAAAAAAAAAAAAAAACAACCUUCAUCUUGAGGAGGGUACAGAUCUGUAAAUAUUUUUAAGGAGAAAAAUAAUAAAACGUUUUAAACAUGGUUGCUAACUUUGGAAGGAUUAAUUGUCCCGCGAUACAAUGCAGAGUGGUUUCUAGAUUUUUAGUGCCUGAGCGUGCAAUAUUCUCUACAUCGGACCCCCCAUUCCCCUCCUCCCACCACCAACGUCCUGAGCUCUCUACGUGAGGGUGGGGUUGGGCUCAGAGGUUAAAGGUCGGAUAUUGGGGCUGCCCAGGCAGCACGUGACUAGAGCUGCUUACUGGAACAGCACAGUUCCCACGAUCCAGGUGUGCCGAUUGGGGUACACUCCAGGAUGGAAUCGAGAUCCCGAGCCAGCGCGGAAAAAGACAAAGGCGGAGAGGCAGGCCUGGAUGCUGACCGGGUUACCUCUGGGAAUAAGUCAGGCAAGAAGGUGAAUAUCUCCCCUGGUGCUGGGGAUCGAUUUGAGCUAGACUGCAGCACUCCAUGCAUGGCCGAAGCCCCGAGUGCCGCGUUGGCGUCCUCCUUCGCAGAGAAAGACGCAGUAUAUAUGAGAAAGCGUCAGCUUGGGGUCCAAAGCCCCACGCGACCCGCUUGCAGCCACGCGCAGUUCUCCGAGGAGCAGGAGGUGACGCCUAAAGACCACAUUUCGAUGGAGGGAUUCACGGAGCAGGCGCUUCCCGACACUUUUUGUUGUUAUAUUUGCCCUUUGAGUGGCUAAAUGAUUACUGGCCAGCAAGCUGCGGCUAUUUCGGACUUGAACUCUGAGGUGCAGUGGAGGCACCCACGGAGUGGACUUAUCAGCUCCAUGCAGGAGCUGGGGAGGCGCUACACCCAGAGAACAGCAGCACCUGAAUCAUGCAAAUCGCAGCCGGUUGUUUCUCUCCGUUUUGAGGGCAGCCACCUGUUCCUUGUUAAACGUCUGGAGUGUAUGCUGGAGCUCGGAGGAAGCCUCAGGUGGAGUUUCUAGGUCCUCCUACCUACUUCCCUUCAGUGGUUGACUGGGAGCAAGGAGUUAGGAGUCCGGCAGCGGCAAGGCCCUAUUUCUUUCUUGAGAAGAAAACAUUUGCCUGAGUGGCUCUGUCUCUGUGCCAAGAAGCAUAGAAAUGACUUGCAUUUUUGUAGAUAUACACAGAAUACAAAUGCUUACAUGACCCAUACGAUUCCGUGUAAAACGCCUGGUCGAAGACAUUUGCUCUGAUAUUGUCCAUUUUCUUCUUAUCCUGUUAUAUUCCACAAACCCCCGCAACUACUCCAAGAUGACGUCAGAUGGAUGCUACUCAAGAAUGCACCUGCCAAUACUAGGUUGGUCCACUUGUUUAGUUCAAGUAUUAUUGCAAGUAUUUGCUGAGGUCCUAACACAAGCUGAAAAUCUACACUAAAUCUGGUGGUCAGAGAGAGGACAUCGGUUCUCUUCUUAUUUAUCGGAAGUGUGUAUCUUACCUCACUAAAGUUGUCAUCACGCUAGGUAAUCUCUUUGUAUUCUUCCCCUGACAGCAUUCUUUGGACAUUCCACACAGAAACAACCAAAUUGCUCCAGAGGAACAUCUUGUAAAGGAAUAUUCCAUUCAGAUAAUUUUGGUCUGCAAAUUUCAGUAGAUUACAAUUUGCUGAUGGACUUAACAGUAUGGGUCACCAUGUUCUCCUCAGGCUGGCAUUCUCUAUAGAUAGUGACUUCCUCCAGUCACUGGCAGCACAUAAUGAUUCGAGUUUGUCCUGAUUAUUUUAGGCAAUGACCAUUUCCCCAGUUGUCAAACAGAACAUAUGUGACUCUCUUCACUCACAUAGACUUUAGCUGUGACAGGUGACCCAACUCUGCAAUUAGUUUCUAGGAGUUCUUCCAAAAAGUGAUUGGAUAUUAUUACAUGCACGCUUUACCUUUGUGUUGUGGAUGUCCAAGACUCUACUGUUGCCAGAUUUCCCAUCUCAAGUCUAUCAAUUCAUUUGAAUAAUCAGCAAAAUAGUCCAUCUCCUUUCAGGCUCUAAACUUGAUUUAAAAGAUUGACGUUUCUUAAAACUCAAAUAGAGUUGGGCUGCAACUGCAUGGCCAGAGGGACCUGAAUCAUACACACACUGGAUAAUGAAAUACACUUAGAUUUUAUUAGCAGGUAAUUUAUGCUCAGAAUCUGGAAACACUAAUAGAAUUAAAUAAACAACUGGGAAAGAGAAGCAAAUAAGUCAAGAGGGGAAAUUAUUUUGCUAACGUUAGAAUGCAAAACAACUCACUGUAUUUAAAAAAAAAAUUGAACUUGGCCGUUGAUUUGUUGAAAGAGGAGAGAGAGAGAGAGAACCAAAUACUAGAACUAUUUGAAGAGGGAAGAGGUCCAGAAUAUUUUAGCCGUAAUAAUCAUCAUCAGGGCAAUAGGAGAAAGGUUGUGUGUGUGUGUGUGUGUGUGUGUAGUUUAAUCCUAGCGACAACUUUCUACUUUAUGCAAAAUUACAAAAUAAAAAAGAUUGUCUCACAGAAGAGAGAGCAGUGAAAAAGAAGUCGUAGCACAGGUUAAAUAGAGACGUGCAGUAAUAUUUUGCACGUGAGUGUGCAGCCACUACAUUCUGCUGGUCAAGUACCGCUUUUCUUUUCACAGAACCCAAACCAUUUCUGGUCGUGGAAGCGACUCCUUUGAUUCUCAUAUCUCUGGAGGAUUUUAGAAACAGAAAAUGCAGCCAACUGAGCCCGCAUCUCCCAUGGCAUGGCAGGGUAGAAGGGGAGAGGACAGCCACAGUUUAGCACCUGUGAUGAACAUCCCUAAAAGAUUCUGCUUGAGCUCGAAAACAUCGGAAGUCUCCAUGUCCUACUCUGUUUACCUUUUGGGAUGCGAGACUCUUCUAAAACAAAGAGUAGUUUGAUUGAAUUUGUAUCCCCAGAGUCUCUUGCCAGGCCUAGCAUUCAGGUACUUGAAAAUUGUAGAGAGAUUAAAAAACAAUAGAAAUAAAGGCUAGUUCCUAUGAGAUCACUAGACUGCAAGGGAAACGGGACUCUAAUCACAGAGGGGAAACCUCAGCAAAAUGAAGGCAAAUAGUGCAUUUGACUAGAACCUAUUUUCUUCAGUAUGUCCAGACUGGGUUAAUUCCAGGGGUAUGAGCAUGCCCAGAUAGAAAAUGUUAAUUUAGCUAUACAGUAGUAUCAACCAAAACGGGAUUCUGUGUCUGAGAGACAGAGAAGGCUGUCACAGCCAGAGCUAGAUAAAACAUCUUUCCUGCCUUCUAGUCUGUGGCUGGUCCGGCAGGCAGCACCAGGAAGACUACACCUCCCAGCAUGCCGCGUACAAAUGUGGGCGGGCAUGAGUGCCUCCCUGACCUGAGCAUACUUGGGAGUUGUAGUUUCUCUGCGCAGCUUCGGCGACGUAACCUCUGCGUGGUGGUAUUGAAA